UUGGAUCCAUUCUCUCCCCAUUGGAAGGCACCAUCCCACCAGGACAGAGGAGCAGGCCUGUCCCUGUGGAAUGCCUUUGGAGCUGCUCUGCCCAUGGGCACAGAGGAAUCUGCAAUGAAAGAGAACUAGAUUCUGAUGAUCAUCUUGACAUUAUUGCUGUCACCUGUGUUGACAGAAUAAAAAACUUUAACAUGCCUCGUAGCCCUACAUCAAGUGAAGAUGAAAUGGCACAAAGCUUCUCUGACUAUUCUGUUGAGUCUGAAUCAGACAGCUCCAAAGAAGAAACUAUUUAUGACACAAUUAGAGCAACUGCAGAAAAGCCAAGCAGCAGAAUGGAGGACAGUCAGAGCAACACUUUGGUGAUUCGAAUUAUCAUACCUGACCUGCAGCAAACGAAAUGCAUUAGAUUUAACCCAGAAGCUUCAGUGUGGGUUGCAAAGCAGCGGAUUUUGUGCACUUUGAACCAGAGUUUGAAAGAUGUCCUGAAUUAUGGACUGUUCCAGCCUGCAAGCAAUGGGAGAGAUGGGAAGUUUUUGGAUGAGGAGCGACUUCUGAGGGAAUACCCACAGCCAGUCAAUAAAGGAGUGCCUUCACUUGAGUUUCGCUACAAGAAAAGAGUGUACAGGCAGUUCAACCUCGAUGAAAAGCAGCUGGCCAAGCUUCACACCAAGGCCAAUUUGAAAAAAUUUAUGGAUCAUGUCCACCAUCUCUCUGUGGAAAAAAUGACCAAGAUGUUGGACCGAGGACUGGACCCAAACUAUCAUGACUUAGAAAGUGGAGAAACACCCCUAACUCUGGCAGCUCAGCUUGACAAUACAGUAGAAGUGAUAAAAGCCCUGAAAAAUGGAGGAGCACAUUUAGACUUCAGAGCCAAGGAUGGAAUGACAGCUCUGCACAAAGCAGCCAGAGCCAAGAAUCAAGUAGCCCUCAAGACCCUUUUAGAGCUGGGAGCAUCUCCCAACUACAAGGACAGCUGUGGCCUGACCCCUCUGUACCACACAGCUGUGGUGGGAGGGGACCCUUUCUGCUGUGAGCUCUUACUCCAUGAACAUGCUACAGUCAGCUGCAAGGAUGAAAAUGGAUGGCAAGAAAUUCAUCAGGCUUGCAGGUACGGACACGUCCAACACCUGGAGCACCUGCUGUUCUACGGCGCCGACAUGUGCGCGCAGAACGCCUCGGGGAACACGGCCCUGCACAUCUGUGCCCUCUACAACCAGGAGAGCUGUGCAAGGGUGCUGCUAUUCCGGGGAGCCAACAAGGAGAUCAAGAAUUACAACAGCCAGUCUCCAUUUCAGGUGGCUAUAAUAGCGGGAAACUUUGAGCUUGCUGAAUACAUCAAGAAUCACAGGGAAGCUGAUAUUGGAUCCAGCUUCCUAUAUCCAAGUAGAAGUCCCUGGAAUCCAUUGCUGUCAGUGCCCUUUAGGGAGGCUCCCACCUACUCCAACAGGAGGAGGAGACCUCCCAGCACCUUGGCAGCCCCCCGGAUCCUGCUCCGCUCCAACAGCGACAACAACCUGAACAUCAACAACCUCCCCGAGUGGUCAGCCUCCUCCUCUGCCUCUUCACACCGCAGCCUUUCCCCUCACCUGCUCCAACAGAUGCAGAGUAAUCCCAAUGGAACUGUAAAAACUGUGGGGAGUUACACUCCGUCCUCCCGGAGCCGCUCGCCGUCCCUCAACAGGCUGGGAGAGGAUGCCAAGAGGCAGCAGCACAGGCACAUCAGUGCCAUUUACAGUCCCAGUGCCAACAAGGAUACUCUGUCUGCCUUGGAUUAUCAGGGUCCCAAAAGGAAGCUCUACAGUGCUGUCCCUGGGAGACUUUUUAUCGUAGUAAAGCCAUAUCAACCUCAAGGGGAAGGGGAAAUUCACCUGCACAAAGGAGAUAGAGUCAAAGUGCUGAGCAUCGGAGAAGGCGGAUUCUGGGAAGGCAGCACCCGGGGACAUAUCGGCUGGUUUCCUGCAGAGUGCGUGGAAGAAGUUCAGUGCAAACCAAAUGAAAGCAAACCAGAAACACGAACAGAUAGAACAAAGAAGCUGUUCAGACACUACACGGUUGGAUCCUAUGACAGCUUUGAUGCUUCAAGUGACUGCAUAAUAGAAGAAAAGGCAGUGGUCCUGCAGAAAAAAGACAAUGAAGGAUUUGGAUUUGUGCUCAGAGGGGCAAAAGCUGACACACCAAUUGAAGAAUUCACCCCAACUCCAGCCUUUCCUGCUUUGCAGUACUUGGAAUCUGUGGAUGAAGGGGGAGUAGCAUGGCAAGCUGGCCUGAGAACUGGAGACUUUUUGAUCGAGGUUAAUAAUGAGAAUGUAGUGAAAGUCGGCCACAGGCAGGUGGUGAACAUGAUUCGACAGGGGGGCAAUCACCUCGUGCUGAAGGUUGUCACAGUAACCAGGAAUCUUGACCCAGAUGACACAGCAAGGAAGAAAGCCCCACCACCUCCUAAGCGAGCUCCAACCACUGCACUGACCCUGCGGUCUAAGUCCAUGACCUCAGAGCUUGAAGAGCUUGAUAAGGUGGAUGAAAUAGUGCCAGUUUCCAAGCCAUCAAGAAUUGCAGACAAUGCAACUGUGGACUCCAGAGUGGCAACUAUAAAACAGCGGCCUUCUAGUAGAUGUUUUCCCUCAGCUACAGAUAUGAAUUCCAUGUAUGAGAGACAGGGUAUUGCUGUGAUGACGCCCACUGUCCCAGGGAGCCCUCAAGGUCCUUUUCUGGGUAUACCUCGGGGUACAAUGAGAAGACAAAAAUCUAUAGGAAUAACGGAGGAAGAGCGGCAGUUUCUGGCCCCUCCUAUGCUGAAGUUUACCAGGAGUCUUUCGAUGCCUGACACCUCUGAAGAUAUCCCACCGCCACCACAGUCCUUACCUCCCUCACCACCGCCACCUUCUCCCUCUCUGUACAACUCCCCCAAAUCCCUGACAGCCCGGAGCUACGGAACGAUCAAACCUCCAUUUAACCAGAAUUCAGGUGCAAAAAUCACUUUGGUCAGGCCCGAGAGCGUGGGGACGAUGAUAAGGGACAAAGGGAUCUAUUACCGGCGGGAGCUGGACCGCUACUCCCUGGACUCGGAAGACCUGUACAACCGCAGUGCCGCGGCUCAGGCCAAUUUCAGGAGCAAGAGGGGCCAGAUGCCAGAAAACCCUUAUUCCGAGGUGGGCAAGAUCGCCAGCAAAGCGGUUUAUGUGCCAGCCAAGCCAGCCAGGCGGAAGGGGAUGCUGGUGAAACAAUCCAACGUGGAGGACAGCCCAGAAAAGACCUGCUCUAUUCCAAUCCCAACCAUCAUUGUCAAAGAGCCAUCCACCAGCAGCAGCGGGAAAAGCAGCCAAGGGAGCAGCAUGGAGAUCGAUCCUCAGUCUUCAGAGCAGCCCGGACAGCUCCGGCCCGACGACAGCUUGGGAGUCAGCAGUCCGUUCGCAGCAGCCAUCGCGGGGGCCGUGAGGGACAGGGAAAAGAGGCUGGAAGCCAGGCGCAAUUCCCCAGCCUUCCUCUCCACAGACCUGGGAGACGAGGACGUUGGAUUAACCCCACCAACACCACGGAUGAGGCAGUCCAAGUUCACCGAGGAGGCAAUGUUCAGCAGUGAGGAUGGUUUCAGACAGCUCAUGUCGCCAUCUCCGAUCCCCGCCCCCAGAGAGCCCGAAAACCUUUUUAACAGCAGCGAGCCCAGCAACCAGAGCGACUCAAGGACAUUGAAUGCUCCGUCCAAAACGAAAGGUACUGACAACAGCACGGCGGCAGCCAAGCCCACGAGCGCUCCCGGCUCGGACAGCUACGUCCACCCGGUCACAGGGAAGCUGUUGGAUCCAAACUCGCCACUUGCCCUCGCGCUCUCUGCCAGGGACAGAGCCAUGAAAGAGCAGACGCAGCAGAUUCCAGGCAAAGGGGACACUGUCAAAACCGACCUUAACAAACCGCUUUACAUCGACACCAAGCUGAGACCCAACAUGGAAACAACUUUUCCUGUUACUGCCACUGUCACCAGGCAAAAUACCCGCGGCCUGUUGAGACGGCAGGAGACUGAGAACAAGUACGAGAUGGAUGCAGGGAAAGAAAAGAAGGCUGAGGAGAAGAAGAACAUGUUGAUAAACAUCGUGGAUACCUCGCAGCAAAAAUCAGCUGGCUUGUUGAUGGUGCACACAGUGGACACGGCAAAGUCAGAUGAUAUGCCCGAGGAUGAGGAGGAGAAGGGAGCUGAGACGGAGCCGAGCCCUGAACAUUCCCCGCCGGAGAGGCCGGAGGGCAGCGAGGAAGCGGAGAGCGAGCUGAGCGUCCCUGCCGCGCCCGAGCCCCCGGCUUCUCCCUGCAAAACCAUCGUGGCCGCCAGCUCUGUGGACGACCCCGUCAUCCUGCCUUUCCGCAUCCCCCCGCCGCCCCUGGCCUCGGUGGACAUCGACGAGGAGUUCCUGUUCACCGAGCCGCUGCCCCCUCCCUUGGAGUUUGCCAACAGCUUCGACAUCCCCGACGACCGCGCGGCGCCCGGCUCGGCGCUCACAGACCUGAUGGCGCAGAGGAAGAACGGCACCCCUUCACCCAGCCAGCCAGCAAACUCCUUGGACGGCAAAAAGCCAGCGGGUCUCUCAAACUGUUUGCCUGCCUCCUUCCUGCCACCCCCUGACAGCUUCGACAACGUCACCGACUCUGGCAUCGAGGAGGUGGACAGUCGGAGCAGCAGUGACCAUCACCUAGAGACAACCAGCACUAUCUCAACGGUGUCCAGCAUCUCUACCUUAUCCUCGGAAGGGGGGGAGAACGUGGAUACUUGUACAGUCUAUGCAGAUGGGCAAACAUUUCUGGUGGACAAACCCCCAGUACCUCCAAAGCCAAAAAUGAAGCCCAUAAUCAACAAAAGCAAUGCACUUUACAAGGACGCGCUGAUCGAGGAAACUGUAGACAGCUUUGUGAUCCCUCCUCCCGCUCCGCCCCCGCCUCCCAUCAGUGCCCAGCCCAACCUGGCGAAAGUUGUCCCCCAAAGGACAUCCAAGCUAUGGGGGGACGUGCCCGAGGUGAAAAGCCCGAUUCUCUCAGGCCCCAAGGCUAAUGUCAUUAGUGAAUUGAACUCAAUACUCCAGCAAAUGAACAGAGAGAAAUCCUCAAAGCCAGGGGAGGGAUUGGAGUCACCGACUGGAACGAAAACUGCGAGUCUCAGUACAAGGAGCACGGAAGUCAUGAGUACUGUCUCAGGUACACGAAGUACAACAAUCACUUUCACUGUCCGACCCGGAGCCAGCCAGCCGAUCACACUGCAGAGCAGGUCCCCAGACUAUGACAGCAGGACCUCAGGAGCAAGGCACGCUCCCAGCCCUGUGGUUUCACCAACAGAGAUUAAUAAAGACAUCCUGCCUGCUCCUCUGACUGCUUCUGCUUCAGCCUCAUCUCCUUCUCCAACUCUGUCCGAUGUAUUUAGCCUACCCAGCCAGCCCCCUUCUGGGGACUUAUUUGGCUUGACCACAGGGCGCAGCAGGUCUCCUUCUCCCUCAAUAUUACAACAGCCAAUCUCAAAUAAGCCUUUUACAACUAAGCCUGUCCACCUGUGGACUAAACCAGAUGUGGCAGAUUGGUUGGAAAGUCUAAACUUAGGUGAACAUAAAGAAACAUUUAUGGACAAUGAAAUAGAUGGCACACAUUUACCAAAUCUACAGAAGGAAGAUCUGAUAGACCUUGGAGUGACUAGAGUUGGGCACAGAAUGAACAUAGAAAGAGCUUUGAAGCAGCUGCUGGACAGAUAAGAAUAGCUAUUUUGCCUCACAAACUUCUGUUGAUAACUAGAGAUGGGCUGGUACUGACAUACCCCAAAUGCCUUGUCUGUCUGCGAGUGCCAGCAAAAUUGUGGGGGGGAGGGGGAAAACAGAAAUUCCUGGUACUCAGGUGAUGCAGACUGUCUGCUACAUGCCCAAACACAAACCUAAAGAUGCUAAAGAAGUGGGGCCAUUUUAUUCAAAGCUGUGGGGAGAUGUGAGAGAGAGACAAUUGUUAACUUUAGAACUCUUGAUACUGCCCUUGGCUGGGACCGUUGCCUGACAAUUUUCUUUUUAAAAUUUCAGGUCUUCUUUUACUGAAAGAAAAAAAGAUUUGCAUUUUAUUUUAUUCUCUUCUUGACAUUCAGUCUCCAAGCAGGCUUCCUUCCCCAGCCCUUAGUUCAUUUUAAGAGGACAGGCUGCUGCAUUACCACUCAAACCCAGUUUUAUCAGUAGCAGGGAUAUUGAGGCGAGCACUGGAGUUGAUAUUCUUCUUUUUUUACUGGCAUAGCUCCCUGAUCUGUUGGCAGUGAAGCUGGUUGUUCUGCUGGAGUCAGUCCAAAGGUAACCUUGCUCUGUUUUACCUGGUAUUUCUUUAUUUCUGCAGUGGUAUUUAGCACUCUUCCAAGGUGGCAGAACAAGUUCAGUGCACGCUCCAUUGAUGUGGACUGUAGGACGGUGCAGACGUUGAGUAAAGGCUGAGGAGGGACCACACUUAGAGGUACAGCAAAGUGAAGCUUUGUUGUUUGAACCUGAGACCCCCAGUUCUCAGCCAGCUCAGCUGCUGCUGAGUCAAAAUAUGAGCUCCACAAGCCAGGACAAACUUUGGUGUGCAGGUGGCUUUGGGGCUUGACAGUGAGACACUGAGAGAUGCUGUUUAAUUCAGUGAGUGGUGAGUGCCUGGGUAUUUUGAACAGCAGGCUGAGAAGGAAGGAGAAGAGAGAUGAAUGUUCCCAUUGAAGUCAGUGGGAAGUGUGCCAGGAUCUGAAGUGGGAGAGGGAUUUCAGCCUGUUGGGAAUGGAAAUGCUGCAGCUCUUUGAGAGGAGGCAGAGAGGUGGAGGCAAGAUGGAAAGAGCUGUUGGGUGUCUGGGAGUGCUCUGAGAGCCAGGAGGGCUGGGGAGGGAUCCAGGCCCUCCUUUUAUCACUGCUGGCAGGAAUUGGCUCUGCACAAGGACAGAGGGCCGGGCACUGGCCCCCAGCCCAUUCCUUGGCACGAGAGGUGGGAGCACCCUGCCAGAAUCCAGGGCUGGGAGUGGGGGCAGAGAGAACUUUCUAGGAGACUUCUGUCAGCAGGGGAGAAACACCCACGGCUGGUUUACACGGCUUUGUUUUUAAAAAAAAAAAUAUAUGAUUAUUAUAUUUUUUUUCGACUUUCAAGUUAACAAGUCUCUCUCUGCAUGUUUGAACUCCCCCUUGUAAUUAACACCUCUGAAUAUCUGUGAGUUUUGUAGGACUUUCUGGACAGAAUAUUCAAGAUGUUCAAGGUGGGUAAAUUGGGUGUGGAUGGCUAAACUGCCUCCCUUCCAAACUUUCAGGUUCCCUUACAUUUUGCAAGGUACCUGAACUUUCUUUCCUUGAUAUGGUCCUUGAUAUGGUCCAGCCUAUCUCUAAUUUUUUUAUUAUUGUGAUUAUUUUUUGCUCACAAACAAGUGUCUAAUUAGGUCUGCAACAGCCCUAGUAUGAGUACAUAAAGUUUAGCAUUUUAAAUAUCUUUCUUUACUGCAAGUUUAAAUAGUUGUACAGAUAGUUUAUAAGCACAAUAUUUUAAGAAAAUAAGUGGCUGGUCUACUGGGCAGCCUUUGUGCCACUUCAGUGCUAGGAAGUUAAAAACAGAAAAAAAACAAACAAAAAAAAAAGAAAAAAAAAACUUUUUGUGGUUUACUACUAUUUCUGUGGAAUAAUUAUAAAGUCUUGACCUUUUUAAAAUCAACCUCAUUUGGAUGCAUCUGAACCAGCAGAGCUGUGUUAUAUUUUCUAUCUUUGCUAGAACUUCUACAGAGGAGGAUGAAUAUUUCUUCAAAAGUGGUUACAGUUACCAACGCAUUGGAAACUCAUAAAAAUCAACUUAUUUAAGCCUCCUGCCCCCUUUAUGGAACAGCAAAUCUUUUGACUUAACAUCUGUUACUGUGCUCUGUUUGUAUUUGGGGAGUUCCAAGGAACCUUGUAAUAAAAACGAAGCACCGAG